AGAAGGGGGAGGGGACAGUGCAAUUAGGGUUGCCCGCGGAGUUCGGCAAAGGAAAUCUUCAGCUGGCUCCGCAGCUGGGAGCAAGGAGAGGCACCUCCCACCCCCGGCGCUCACCCCCGCCCACACCCUGGGCGGGCUGAAGUGUCACGUUUGCAAUUGCUCAGGAAGGAUCCGGCCGGUCUCCGGAGGAGAGCUGAGCUGCAGUUUCUGUCGCCUGUCAGGGGGGCGAUGGCUAGGGGGCCAGCUGCUUGCUAGGCAGCACCCCGCCGGGAUCCGACUGCGUUAGUUAGCUCUCCCAGUCACCUGAAGCAAUCGCCAGGCCGCCCGUUUCCGGUACAGACCAGCCAGCUGUCCCCAGGAAUCUCAUCUGAACAGAACCAUGGGGCACCCCCCGCUGGAGUUCAGCGACUGCUACCUGGACAGCCCUGAUUUCCGCGAGAGGCUCAAGUGUUAUGAGCAGGAACUGGAGAGGACCAAUAAAUUCAUCAAAGACGUGAUCAAAGACGGCAACGCGCUUAUCAGCGCAAUGAGAAAUUACUCCUCUGCUGUUCAGAAAUUUUCCCAAACGUUGCAGUCCUUUCAGUUUGAUUUCAUUGGAGACACUCUGACUGAUGACGAGAUUAACAUUGCCGAAUCCUUCAAGGAAUUUGCCGAAUUGCUCAAUGAAGUAGAAAACGAGAGGAUGAUGAUGGUACACAAUGCUAGUGAUUUGCUGAUCAAACCCCUGGAAAAUUUCCGGAAGGAACAAAUAGGCUUCACAAAGGAGCGGAAAAAGAAAUUUGAAAAGGAUGGAGAGAGGUUUUAUUCCUUGCUGGAUCGGCACUUACAUUUGUCUUCCAAAAAGAAAGAAUCUCAGUUACAAGAGGCAGACCUCCAGGUGGACAAGGAGAGACACAAUUUCUUCGAGUCAUCCCUUGAUUAUGUUUAUCAAAUCCAGGAAGUUCAGGAGUCUAAGAAGUUCAAUAUUGUGGAGCCAGUAUUGGCCUUUCUUCAUAGCCUCUUCAUUUCCAACAGCUUGACCGUGGAGCUCACACAGGAUUUCCUCCCAUAUAAACAGCAACUCCAGCUCAGUUUACAGAAUGUGAGUUUACAUACAAGAAAUCAUUUCUCCAGUACCCGAGAAGAGAUGGAAGAACUUAAAAAAAGGAUGAAAGAAGCUCCGCAGACAUGCAAACUUCCAGGGCAGCCAACCAUCGAAGGCUAUCUCUAUACACAAGAGAAAUGGGCUUUGGGAAUAUCCUGGGUGAAAUACUACUGCCAAUAUGAGAAAGAGACCAAAACGCUCACCAUGACACCUAUGGAGCAGAAGCCAGGUGCUAAGCAGCAGGGACCCUUGGACUUAACCCUGAAGUACUGCGUGAGAAGGAAGACGGAGUCUAUCGAUAAGAGAUUCUGUUUUGAUAUAGAAACUAAUGAAAGGCCAGGUACCAUCACUCUGCAAGCCCUUUCAGAAGCUAACAGAAGACUAUGGAUGGAGGCCAUGGAUGGGAAAGAACCUAUCUAUCACAGCCCUAUAACGAAACAGGAAGAAAUGGAGCUGAAUGAAGUGGGGUUCAAGUUUGUUAGGAAGUGCAUCAAUAUCAUUGAGACCAAAGGGAUCAAGACAGAGGGAUUGUACCGUACCGUGGGCAGCAAUAUUCAGGUUCAGAAGUUGCUGAAUGCCUUUUUUGAUCCUAAAUGUCCAGGAGAUGUUGAUUUUCAUAAUAGUGACUGGGACAUUAAGACAAUCACCAGCUCCUUGAAAUUCUACCUCAGGAAUCUUUCUGAACCUGUCAUGACCUAUAGACUUCACAAAGAGCUGGUCUCUGCUGCCAAGUCUGACAACCUGGAUUAUCGGCUGGGAGCUAUUCAUUCCUUGGUAUAUAAGCUACCAGAAAAGAACCGAGAGAUGCUGGAACUUCUUAUAAGACACUUGGUCAAUGUGUGUGAGCACAGCAAAGAGAAUCUUAUGACCCCCUCUAACAUGGGGGUGAUCUUUGGGCCCACUCUCAUGAGAGCUCAGGAGGACACUGUGGCUGCCAUGAUGAACAUCAAAUUCCAGAACAUUGUGGUGGAAAUCCUAAUUGAACACUUUGUCAAGAUUUAUUCAGGUCCACCUGAGGAAAGUACUGCACCCCCAGUGCCUCCACCUCGAGUGACAGCAAGAAGGCACAAACCAAUCACAAUUUCGAAGCGCUUGCUGAGGGAAAGGACAGUUUUCUAUACUUCCUCCCUGGAUGAAAGUGAAGAUGAAAUCCAACACAGAACACCGAAUGGUACUAUCAUUAGCAGCAUAGAACCCUCCAAGAUGCCACAACACCCCAAAAUGCCUAUGCAGAGAAGUGGGGAAGCAGAUCAUGGGAGGAAAUCCCCAAGCAGGCCUGUUUCAGAUGGCAAGUUGGAGUCCUGCCUCGAGGUGGAUGUGGGGAAGUUGGUAUCAAGACUGCAGGAUGGAGGGACCAAGGCCAUACCAAAGGCCACCAAUGGACCUGUGCCAGGCCCUGGGCCCACUAAGGCCUCCUCUUUCCAUGUAAAGAGACCAGCUCCUCGGCCCUUGGCUCACCACAAAGAGGGAGACUCUGACAGUUUCAGUAUAGUGCGGCCCCCAGGAGAAAAGCCAACCAUCAUCCGACCCCCAGUGAGGCCUCCAGAUCCUCCCUGCCGGGCAACUCCUACCCAGAAACCAGAACCAAAGCCAGAUAUAGUGACUGGCAAUGCAGGGGAAAUCCCAUCAUCUGUGGUGGCUUCCAGGACCAGGUUCUUUGAAAUAGCUUCCCGGAAAACAGGAAGUUCUCAAGGCAGACUUCCUGGAGAUGAGAGUUGAGGCCUCAGGUUUUAAAAGCCUUGGCCUCAGGGGAUGCUUUGCAGGUUCUAGAAGAGUCUUCUUCAAACCCUUGUGUGCUGAAGAGCAGAUCUUUCCUGGCCCUGCACCUUCAGGCUCUGGAAUGCUAUAAAAUAAGGGACACACGUCCUAGACACAAGUUUAUUUCUCCUUUGUAUUCUGUCUUAAUUCCCUCAGAAGGUCUAUCUUGAGCUCCUAUAAGACUGUGAAUGGCUGAACUCCCUCAAGCCAGACUGCAGAAACCAAGCUAUCCACCGAUCUGAGUCGAAGAGAGGAGCUCAGUUUUCAACUCUUCUCUGAACUUCCUGCCUCCUCAAAAGGCCAUCUAGCUCUGAAAGAUUUGGGGCUAAAGAUUGAUCUCAGAAGUCUUACCCUGAACCAGAAGUUACUUGAGUUGGGGCUAUUGCUUACCUUGGAAGUAGGGGAGUAGGAAUGUUUGCUGAACUUUCGAGAAUCUUAAUAUGUCUCUUACUGAGGAUACGGACCAUGGUGCCAGUUUGGAGCUUUGGCUCUGUAAUAUAUUGCCAAGAAUGUGUCUGCUCUUAUGGGACCAGACAGAAUGAGUGAUGUCCCCACAAUCCCUCCAAGUGGACUCAGGAAGGUGGCCUUCCUGCUUUUGCAUACAGCUGCUUAGGACAAGUCUACAAAGCAUGUUUUACAUGUCAAAGCCUAUGUCUGUUUGAAUUAUUCUUCCUCCUGUUUUCUCCUGACAGCUUCCUUUCCAAGCAAUCAAGAAAGAAACAAAAGCUGAAGACAGUUCUUUUAAAAAGGGCAGACUGUGUUUGUUCUGCAAGAGUUCCAUUUUGGGGUCAAAUGCUGGGGAGAAUUGUUAAGAUGGAUUGAGGCCAGGCAGUUGUCACUGUUGCUUCAUGUCUGCCUUCUGCAGAUAAGUUCUUUUAUCACCUGAAAGAAACAGUUCUUAACCCAAUAUCUAUGGAUUCAGGAACUUCAUAAAGCCUCUGAAAUGGUAUGCCUUUUCAAUGUGCCUUUUCUGAGGAGAUGGUCCAUAACAUUCUAGUGAAUUUCAAUUUGGGCCUGUGACACAAUAAAGGUUAAGAACCACAGCCUUUGAGAUAAAAGACUCUUUUAUGACCUAUAAAAUAUUUGAUUAGAAAGCCCUUUCAGAAUUAUUUAGUCUAGCUCCUUAGUUUACCAUUGGGGAAACUGAGGCAGAGCAAGUUAGCAGCCAUGUAUAAACAAGAUACCACAUCCCUCGGCACCUACACGAGGUUCUUUCCAUUACACCAUGCUUAUCUAGCAAGGGGCCUUAUGAUUGGUCACUUUAAUGGCCAUCAUUUUGAGGAUCUGGCUUUUACCCUCUUUCUUGAGCCACAUAUAUUUGCCACCAAAUGUGACUUCCAGACAUAAGCUCCUGGUCUUCUUCAUUUGCUAUUUCAAUCAUUGGAAAGUAAUUAAAACACAGUUAAUGUAGUGAAUCAGAAGUCUGACGAGUAGACAUUUCUGAUUCCUGUUUGUUGAAGAGAAGCUGCUGGAGAAAGUGUCAUCACUUGUUUCCACACAGGUGCCUUGGCUUUAGAGUGGGCUUUAAGAUAGCCUGUCUUUAGGGUCUGUGUAAUUAUAAUGUGGUCCAGUAUGAGAGAAAAGACUUUCCUAUUGGACUCUUCUAGCCAGGCCCCACUAGUGCACUGACUAUAGUACUGAGAAAGAAGCAUAGACAUGGGGAGAGAGGAGGCGAGAGAGAGGGUAAGGGAGAGGGAGAUGAGAAAGAGAAUGUACCCAUGCCCAAACCAACUCUGAGAUGCCUUUGGAACAGUGUUACUGAAAGGCAAUAGCUACUUUCAAGAUUGAACUCUAAAUAUGGCUUAUUGAUGAGUUAGUAAGUAAGCUAAACACACUGAGAGCCUUUGUGGAAGUAAUUCAGUAGCAAUUUGAUAACAUUCUUAAUGAUGAUGUACCCAGGUGGCCAUAUUGAACUCUCAGCUCUACCCAGUCUCAAAGGCCAAGUUGCUAAGAAACCAGGAUAAAGUAAGCCAAGUGGGCACCAUUCUACCUGCUGCUCACCCUCAAAGGGAAUCUCUGUGAGGCCUACUGGCCUCACUCAGGAAGUACUCAUUGAGCCGCAGUCUCAGAGCUGUGGCCUCUCUGCUCUGUCCCAUUAGAUGACUAACUAAACAAAGCAAGUGUGCAGGUUUUAGCCACAGAAGCAGUGGCCAAUGGGGCCUCAGUGCCUUUGAAGAUAUUAGAGACAUGACUUCACUCUGGUUUCCUUGGGGGGAAAUUCCACAGUCACCACUACAAAUAUUGAGAGAUUAUUGAGAACCAGAGAAAGCCACCACAAUUCCAGUAGAAUAUGUGUCCCAGAAAUGUGGCUGUGAGAUUGCUAUGUGUUUCCUGGGACACAGUUCAAGAGUCUGGCCUAAAGAGUUGGGAUCACCAGUCUGACUGGAAGCCAAGGAGCAGUGCCUGGCUGGCUCUACCUCUGCCCUGGGCUAUACCCAAAGAAUGAACCUCAGCACCUACCCUUUUGUUCUCUGAUUUAAAGAGCAAAAGCUUCUAUGGAAUGAGACUGGCUUGGCCUAGGCUUGAUGGAUGGAUAGUCAGUCAUUCAGAAGAGGCUAUGGGAAGGGGGUGAUAAUUGAAGCAUGUCAAUUGUAGGAAAUUAUCUGCAUGCUUCGGCCAGCAGGUAGGAGAAACUGGCAAUGGAUGAACUGUAAAUGUUGAGCUGACAGUGAUAACAUUUAUUAAGCACCUACUAAAUGCUAGAUGCUUCAUAUACAUUAUAUCAUUUAGUCCCUACAAUAAUCAUGCAAGUGGAUGCUAUCCUCCUCAUUUUACAGAUAAAGGAUUUAUGACCCAGCAGGCUAAAAUUAACUGGCUCAAGGUCACACAGAAAGUGAAUAACAGAAUUGUUAUUCUAAUCCAGCUCUCUCUGACUCUGCACCCCAUGUUGUUUUCCCUUUGCCAUAUAAAGGCCAUAUUACUGGAGCUGGCCUACUUAAAAAAAUAUUAAAAGGCAAGUAUUUGAGGGGAAAGAGGGGGUGAAGGUCCAGUUUACAGGGGAAUAAAAACUGGGCUGAAAGAGAUUUCUGAGUUAUGUUUUUUCCUCACCUUCAGAAUUCCCAUUUGAUAAUGUCUUAAAACAGAUCAUUUACUUUUACCUUGUGACAUGAAGGAUUUAUUUUUAGUUGGUAGUUGUCAAAUCCUUGGCUUAACUGUUUUUCAAAGAAAAAAAGGUCCUUGUAUGCGUCUGUUACUUCACCAAGGUUCUAGCAUGUGCAGUUUCACCCCAAGAGACUGGCAACAUCCACACAUGGUUUGAGAAAUAGAAACGGUCUUGGUGCUUCUGCAGGACCUGAUGCCUUGGGAUCAAAUCCCUAUUAAGGGUUUUCUGUAGUGAUAGCAAAAGUUAAGAGAUGAUUUAGAAUAAUAAAUAUUAUUGAAGUUUUUAUUUAAAAAAUGAUGGACUGUGUUGCCCAGCCACUGAGGGGCAAAACUCAGCAUCCAAAUUGAGUAAUAAAGUGGUGUC